AUGAAGUCCCAGCCAGGCAUGGCGUUGAUGCUGCUGCCCGUGGCUCUCUGCCUCAGCUUGGUUCCCGUGUGUUUCGGAGCUGCUAUUCCUGUUUCUUGUGGGUCCAUCUACAAGAGUUUUGCUCAGUGUUUACUCACACUUGGGGACAGUUUGGUGGAGACACAAAAAGACCAGAACACGCAGGACAUCGACGCAAUCUGCAGGUCCUGGAAUGCAUUCCACGUUUGUGCCAACUCAGCUCUGGACGGCUGUCCUGGAGAAGCAGCUGCUGUCUGGGAGUCUCUAAGACAAGAGUCCAGGAAGACGCAGUUUUCUGGAAACCUCUACGACAUGUGUGCCAGUCGCACCACCCUUCCGCCCAGCACUGUGCCUGCACCCCAGAGCCCUCCCACCUCCGACCAGACCAACCAGGAAACACUGAAAGGGCAAACACACAAGCUGAGCCCCGCCCUCACCACACUGUUGUUCCCUGCAUGCAGCACCCUGCUGCUUCUGUUCAAAAGUUAA